AUGGACGCCCUGAGACUGGCAAACUCCGCUUUUGCAGUUGACCUGUUCAAGCAACUGUGUGAGAAGGAGCCGACGGGCAAUGUGCUCUUCUCUCCACUCUGUCUCUCCACGUCCCUGUCACUUGCUCAAGUCGGUGCCAAAGGUGACACAGCAAGUGAAAUUGGACAGGUCCUUCAUUUUGAAAAUGUCAAAGACGUGCCCUUUGGCUUUCAGACAGUCACAUCGGAUGUGAACAAGCUCAGUUCCUUUUACUCCCUGAAACUCAUCAAACGGCUCUACGUGGACAAGUCUCUAAACCCUUCUACAACGGACACCAAACCGGUGCCGAUGAUGAACCUGGAGGCCACGUUCUGUCUGGGCCACAUCGAUGACAUCAACUGUAAGAUCAUCGAGCUUCCCUUUCAGAACAAGCAUCUCAGCAUGCUCAUCCUGCUGCCCAAGGACGUGGAGGACGAGUCCACAGGCCUGGAAAAGGUUGAAAAACAGCUCAACUCAGAGACUCUGCUGCAGUGGACCAACCCCAGCACCAUGGCCAAUGCCAAAGUCAAACUCUCCAUCCCCAAAUUCAAGGUGGAAAAGAUGAUUGACCCUAAGGCUAGUCUGGAGAACCUGGGGCUGAAAACAGUCUUUAAUGAAAACUCGUCCGACUUCUCUGGGAUGUCAGAGACCAAGGGAGUGGCCCUCUCCAACGUGAUCCACCGGGUGUGCCUGGAAAUCACGGAGGACGGCGGGGACUCCAUUGAGGUGCCGGGGUCACGCAUCCUGCAGCACAAGGAUGAGUUCCACGCUGACCACCCGUUCCUCUACAUCAUCCGGCACAACAAAACCCGAAACAUCAUCUUCUUUGGCAAGUUCUGUUCUCCCUAA